AUGUAUCAACGGAUAAUCGCUAUUUACAAUAUGUACAUGAUUGCAUAUUUCCAUAUAUCAUCCGGUCCUCCGAUCCUUUCUGACAAAUCCUUUAACCAAGCUACCGAAAAAAAAUCAACCGAUACUAUACUAUAUUUACAAUUAAGCCGAUCGAUAUGUUUCACCUGGCGUACAACUUGGACUGUUACUCAAUUACAUCGGCGUAAAGGUCUUUUAAUAAACGUCAAGAGUGGUGUAGAUCCAUAUGAUUUGGAUCAACCUUAUGCGAUGCCCUAA